CAUCCCUAUUUUGAGCUUUUCUUUGUUACAUUUGUAUUUUAUUUAUUUCUUUAAUUUCGGAAAAUAUGAGUGAACUAAGGAGGCGAGCCCUGCACGACGACACGCCCAGGACUCCUUCCCUAUCGAGGGACGAGGUGGACCAGAACAAUACCUUGAUUUUGGAGUCUGCUAACAGCUACGAGGAAGGCACCUCAUCAGCCGGCGAACUGGAGGAGAGUGACACCCAGGAGGAGGUCGGCGAUCUGUCCAGAAGGAGCAGUAUUCCCACUCCCAGACCGAGCUCAAAGCAGGAACACCACCCUACGAUCAACGAGCCCCAGGGAACAAAUGGUCUCUACAUUAAAUUAGCCCUUGCUGGUGUACUUUUCGGUUUAUUUUUCGUCUACGUUUGGGGAUCAAGCGUUAUAGGUGAAAAACAAUGUGCCUUCAAUAGUCUUCGGAAAAAUCAGCCCCAACAGCCGGAGAAAGUGUGGAAAGCCCUUCAAAAGGGCGUCGAAGGACUGAUAAACAAGAAGGACAAGCAUCCCAGUGUGUUCCUGUUUCUGCAUCAGGAUCCCAAGCUUCAGAAAUUGAUUGAUGCUAUCGCCGUCGAGGCUUCCGUUUGUUUCGGUAGUCCUCGCCAGUUGAUUCACAUGAAAAAGGAGGACUUCGGGCCGGAUAUGAAAGACUACGGUUUGGCGAUUGAGCGGUUCAAGGCAAAUGUGAAGGAGGGAAAGGUUUUUCUAAUAGUAAACCUCAAUGAUAUUGCGCCGAGUGGAGCCCGUGCUCUGCACACUAUCUGCGAUACCUACAGUCCCCUCGUGGAGGAUGCUGUCAUCUUCCUAACACUCCGCACAUUCAACACAACGGCCGUCAGCAACUCUGUAAAGCUGGCCACCGAUACCCUGUAUGAUCUGUGGAGCAAGGAAUUGGGUGACAAUGAGCUGGAUCCACUAAUUACUCGCGUCACCGAUCAGGUGCUCCACUUGAGUAGCAAUAAUUAGGCUAAAAUACUCUAUUCCAAGUACUCUCGAGGUUCAAAUACUGGGUUAACUAAGCUCAAAGCUAAGAAUGAAAAGAAUUUAGCUAGGCUAUCGAUGAUACAUUUUUAAAUAUUCAUUUUUCAGAACUCUAUUUUAUUUUAUGUUGAAGAAAAUUAAAAAUAUUUAAAGUACA